AUGUCCUCAAACCCAGACACUCGACCCCUCCCAGACGGCUGGGUAACCCAGCUCAACACCCAGUACGGUACUUGGUUCUACGUCAACACAAAGGCCCCUGGCGGACCGCAGUCCCAGUGGGCGCACCCGGCGGACGACAAACCACCUCCUCACGAGUUCGCCUCCCCAUCCGGCCCGCCUCCAAGCCAGAACGAAAAGUCAUCCUACAACGCGGAGAAGAGCGAGUAUGGCCAGUCUUCGCAGCAAAUCCCCUACGACCAGCAACAGCAGUAUGCACAGCAGCAGCAGUACCAGCAGCCGUACCAGCAGACUCCGCCGCCGCAGCAGGAGAAGCGUAGCUUCCUCUCCAAGCUCACUGGCAAGUCAUCUGGCCAGCAGCAGGGAUUCCCAGGCGGCUACGGCACUCCGCCGCCGCCGGGCUACGCCCAGCCCAUGGGUUACGGCCAGCAGCCGAUGUACGGCGGAUACCCGCAGCAAGGCAUGUACGGUCAGCAGCCCAUGAUGAUGCAGGGCGGGCGCCGUAGGCCUGGCAUGGGUGCUGGUGGUGGCAUGGCCCUCGGCGCGGGCGCCGGUCUUCUUGGCGGCAUGAUGCUCGGCAAUGCUAUGUCGGACAACGACGGCUCCUAUGCCGAUGGGUAUCAGGAUGGAGCAGGCGAUUUCGGGGGCGGCGGCGGAGAUUUUGGCCCGAUGUCAAAGCCCAAAUCCUUCACAGACCUCAACCCCGACGUACUCUUGCACGUCGCCGAUUUCCUCGCACCCCCUACCUGGGCGCUAGGGGUGCACUGGCUCAAUGGUCCGCAGCCGCUACUGAGCAAUGCGGACAUACGCGCUCUCCGCUCGACCUGCCGGCACGCCCGCGACGCCCUUCCUCCUCCCGAUCUCAGUCCGCGCAUCAAGAAUGGCUUCAACGUGGGCGCCGAGCUUAGGUGCUGGGCUCAGGCGCCGGCGGGCGUGUUGGAGCGGGCCAAACGCAUCACUCUCCCAUCAUCGGACCGACGCCAGGACGACCUCAAUUUUCCGACCGCGCAAUCACGUUUCGACGACUUCACCACCUUGCUCUUUCGCUGCCCGAACCUCACCACACUCGACAUUGCGCACAGCCCCUUCUGCGUACAUGACUCGUAUGGUCUGGGAAUGAUACGCGCCUUUGCCCUCACACUGCCCCACAACCCCAGCCUCUCGAUAUCCACCCUCAGCGUAGCCCUCAAAUGUAGGGUCUGUGCUCUGGGGCUCACGCGCGUCCUCGCGUCCUGGUCCAUCCCCUCGUCACGACCAUCCGCGGCACCCUUCGUCAGCUCGAAGACCUCACCCUCCGUGACAAGAACACCCAUCACGUCAAAGUACGCGGCGUCAGCCUUCACCACGCCCUCCACCGCCAGUUCGACGCGGCCAUUACACGCGACCAAGGUCGUCCCUGGUACUGGUACGGAAAGGCGGAGAAGUGUUGCUUUCGCGACGCAGAACCAGACCAAAGAGUUUGCUAAGGACUCGCCCAUUGUCCCUGAGACAGCCCCACCACCAUCAAUUCGCUCAUACUCACCAGCCACUAGCUCACCUCUCCCAUCCAGCGACCGCGCGUCAUCACCAUCGGGUCCACGACGGCCCAUCCUCAAAGCCAGCGACCCGUCGUCCAUUCGCGUGGCGCGAACUGUGCGCGAGGGCUCGUGGGCCAAUCGCGAACCAGCUAGGAGGCUCGUCGUCGGAAACCAUCCAAAAGGCAUGGCGCGCGGAGGCUCCCUCGCUCAGCUCUGCGACACAGCAGAGGACGGUGUCGCGGGCAAGCUGCCCAGCGACGACGAUGUUCCUGGCUCGGACGAUAGCGCAGGCGGGGCUGACGCGCCGGGCGGCGACGGGAGUGACGAGGAGUCGGAGGAGAUCGAGUGCAUGCACCCCACAUCUCUCGUCAGCGUCAUCCUUGAAGGCGCCGAGGACCUCCUCACCCUCGAAGAGGCGUACUGCACCCUCACCGCCAAGAUGCGCGAGGUGUUGUACAGCAUUGGUCCGGUGACCGAGGAUACGCAGCUGCACCUGGACACGGUCGCCGAGCCCAUCUCGGAUGAGGCGCCGGCCCUCGUCCGCGCCAUGACGCGUGACCUCAGCCGUCUAAUGGGCAAGGUUCCACAGUCUGAGCACUCGCAAUCGUCGACACCGUUCCGCGGUCUGCAGCCAGAAACCAGGCCAGCGACAGCACGACUUCCCCCUUCGCCAUCCAACACGCCAUCAAGGAGGGGUUAUUCCGAGGCCGAGAUUCGGUACCGCCGCGAGGCGUCUAGUGUUGGUGCAGCGGCUCUCAGAUUCCUCGCGGCCCUGUUCAGCUCCCCACGCCUCUUCAGUGCGUUCUCCGAGGCCGACCUCAUCCAGCUGCUCGAGCAGGUCAUCAUGAUCCCAAAGACACCAGUGCUGCCGACGCCCAUUCCGAAGCGCACAUACUCGUUAGCGCUCUCAGUAAUGGCACACCUCAGAUUUCCAUCUCGUUGGGUCGCGCAGGUCCAGGACAAGAUCCUCGACGCGCUCGACAGCGCCUGGAACACGCUCGGCAACGGCGGUCCUCCUUUCGCCUUCAAGGACUCAACAAUGGUCAAGCGCGAGGCUUUCCACGCUCUCUCUUCCCUCCUCCGCUACUACCCGGAGAUCAUGGUCCCUGGAUACCAGCGCUACCUGGCCACCUCGCUGCGCGCCGUGUCUGCGACGGACAUAGAGAUGCGCCGCCUGGCCUCGGGCGCUGUCUCAGCCUUCGUCAAGGCCCGCUACCAGCUACUUGCCGACGCCGAGUUGGCAGUGCGGUUCGAAUGCGAUGACCACGCCACGUUGGAGUGGGAGGACAUGCGGAACCUGGUCCGCAAGAGCGAGCAGCACACGAUCAACUUCUUCAAGACCAUGGCCAAGUUCUCACCAAAGCGUUUCAACGACACCAGGUCGGAUAAGGGCCAGCAGAUGCGCUCUGAAUGGAGCUCACUUGAGGCGGCGUUCAGGUCGUUAGUCGGCAAGCCCGAGGAUGUUGCCUGGGCCUGCUCGACCUGGGCAGCUGUCGCAACUCUACUGGGUUCGUCGUACAACUCAUCCCCAUUUGUCCUCCACAUGGACCACAUCAUGGACCGCUCGCUACAGCCGUCAACCAACUCGGUCCGUCCCGUUCUUGCCUGCACUGCAUGGCAGCACGCCAUCCACGCCUACCUGCUUGCUGGAUCCUCUUGUUCCAUUUCCGACGGCCGCAUGGUACGCUCGUUCAACCCCUUCAUCGCGUCGUCGGGGCAGGAUGUCACCGCUCGCGUUAACAGGAUCAUGUUUCCCUUCAGGACGGCUGUGCAGGAGGCCCUCAACGUCGACAAUUUCGCGCGCGCGCUCGUCGAGUUUCCCGAGUUCCGCAACGAAAAGCGUUGGACGUGGAAGCGAGCCGAGAAGCCGCGCAAGACGGCGUACAUGGUCUCAGCCGGUUCGAUCGCACCGGCCAUCGUCUACGCAUACAGCACGCUCGCGCUCGACCACGAGGACCCGACCGCCAAGGAAGUCUCGCGGCUCUCGGGGUUACCGUCCUCUGACGGCGUCGCGCCCGAUCUCACGCCCGAGGAACUUCGCCUGCCGCGGCUGGACAGGACAUUCGAGCUUAUUCUCUUGCCCAUCUUGAAGCAAUCAUUCCCGAUUUGCGGCGUCGACCCGCUCAAGAACCAGGCGUGGUCGAUCCUAGAGGCCGUCACUGCUGAACCUCCCACCCCCACUCCUCAGAGGUCUAUCGACCGACUCCUCUCGUGGCGGUACUUUAAUGGCGACGUCGUCCACUUGGAGGCAACGGACCCGACACUCGUGCAAGAGCUGAUCCGCGCGUUCGAGGGCGACCGCAUUAAACCCUCCGAGAUCCCGGCAUGGGGCAAGCUCUGGGUCGCCAAGAGACUAGGCAAGCUUCUUACCCUAUUUGUUGACGCGUUCGAUGGCAUUGGCGGCAUCAACAACCUCAGCUCCGUCGAAUGGGUGUGCAACGUCGACGGCAUUGUGCUCCUCCCUCAGACGUUGUCGCAUGUGUGGACCAACCUCCUCUGUGCCAUGUCAAUCACCCAUGUCCCAGAAGGUGCGGCGACGCCGCUCUUCAAGAUUGGCCUGUAUGCUGUCACGAAGACGCUCCUCGAAAUCUUUGACCGCGAUCCCGUGGAGUACAUGCCCAUCUGCUUGCUCAACGAGGAUGGCCAUUCGACGCUGAGCCCCUCGGCGAUCCGCCUCGGCGUGGUCAUGCACCUCAUCCGCGUAGCCGAGGAGGUCCUCGGUGAGCGUGCGCUCGGCACAGUGCAGAUCGAGUCUCCCACUCAGUCCCGCACCCUGGAGGAAGACGAGGCUUUCGGCAACCCCACAGUGGCGGGACAUGUCCUCAAGCACAUCCUCCGCUCCAAGCACUUGACGCAGACUAUGGACGACAAGACGCGCGAGCGGUUCAGGGAGCUCGUCUCGUGGCUCCUCCGGAUCGGGUCUAGGCAGAACACACGUAUGCUGGGACAUGUCGCCAACGCGAUGCCGUGGAUCUUCGAGAACCACGAGCGCCUGCAUUUCGACGUCUGGCGUACACUCUCCCUUGCAUGGAUCGGCGCGGUUGACCUGCAGCCUGCGGACACGGCGGCCAAGACCAACUACACCGGCGACUUGUUGGUUAGUCUCCUCUCGUGCCCGUUCCGCAGCGAGAGCUCCGACUCGGUCUGGUACAAUACCCCAGCCGACGAGGAUCUCGCUGCGUGGGACUCGCUUCUUGAGACUACUGUCUUGCGCUUCCGCGCCAAGCGCGUUGGCUCGAACUUUGGCGUCCUCGAGACACUCGCCGCCCACUUGGAGGACUUUGCAGCUGUGUCGGGUGACUAUGUCGAGACAAAGCGUCGCCUGGCCUCGCCGACCAUGCUGCACUGCCUCGCGGUCGCGUCGUCCAAGGUCUCGUUGGUGCCUACUGAGCACUACCACGCGUCGCACUUCAGCAUUAACGAGAACUAUGUCCCCGUCGACUUCCUCAGUUUCAUCUCGUCUGUGCUAGACGCAUCAUACCCCGCUGCCGAGCCGGGUGCAGUCGCUCGUCUUGUCAACACCGUCUCAGACGUCUUCCGCGCGCUCCCGGCCAACGCUGUGCCCGACGUCCUGGAGCCUCUUCGCACGUCGCUCGUCAUGUGGAUGAAGGACGAGGAGAAGGCCGCCGGUGGUGACCUUGUCCACGAGCUCGAUGGGUUGUACAUCGCCAUCCUGAGCGCGAUCACCCUCGCCAUCGAGAGCGGCAGCAUGCCUGCCUCGAGCGCUACGAUGAACAGCCUUAUCGACAUUUAUGCUCCACGUCUCUCGUGCGCUCGCAGUGCUGCCGUCCCCACUGCGUUCCAGGACUUCUGGCGGCGGUCGUUCCAGCCUGCGGGCCGCCUCGAGUACUCGGACGACGUCGCGGGAUUCCUCCAGGACGUCCUUACCGCCGUGCCGGGUCUCAUCAUUGUCGAGGGUCUGUACUCUGACGAGUCACAGUCGUGUGCCAGCGACCGCUUCCCGUUCGCUGGAUCUGUCCAGCCGCAGAUCGCCGAGCCAGCUGUCACCCAGGACUCCGAAGACAUCGUACCAGAGACGCAGAACAGCCGCGGCGAAUACGAGGAGGAAGCGGAUGAGGCUGUCGACCUGUCCCUCGACGAAGCUGAAAGCCCGCGUCCGACGCCUGCGAACCCGUCGACCGACUCUCACACCGACUACGACGCCGACGUCUCGCAGUCGCAGCCGCAGCUCAAGCGGAAACCCGAGGUGCUCAUUGACUCGUCGCCGUCUUCGGCCGGGUCGACAGACGUCUUCGGCCCCAAGAAGCGCGCCAAGAGCACGAAGACGAGUCGCAGACGCACUCGGUCGAAAGCUGCGCGCUCGCGCGCCUCAAGCCCCGGCGUAGGCAACGACACGGUCAUUUUCGGCACGGACAUCGAGGACGAGCCGACUCCCCCACGCCAGUCGCGCGACGCGAAUCGGCCCGAGUCGAUUUUCGGCAAGCUCCUGCGCCGCGUGCCAAGCAUUGGCUCGUUCUUCGCCGAGCACGUGCCCGCCAGCUAUGAGCUGGAGGACACGGACGUUGACGAGGACGAGCCUGGAAACAACACAUACGAGUCGAUCAACGAGGAACAUGUCGGGAACAACACGUACGACGAGUCAGCGAGCCAGGGCGACAUUGUGGACGAGUUGCGCAAGGAGCCCGUCCAGCCUGAGGUCGUCCUGUCGGCGCCAGUUGUGACGGACGAGCCUUCUCCCGCCGAGAUGGACGUCGAGUCCGUCGAGCCACCAGCACGCAAGCCGACACCCGCAGCCCGCGUGAUGAGGCGCUCGCAGAGCAAGCAGUCGACGCCUUCGCUCGAGCCGACACAGGUCAACUCGGAGCCCGAGUCGCAGGUCGAGUCGCAGUCUGAACCGCGCAGACGCUCCCGCCGCGUUGCGAACCAGUCGCUCGCAGCUGAGGUGCGGCCCACACACUCACGCAAGACCCCAAGUGUUGAGCCCACUAUAGCCGAGGAGCCCGAGCCUCAACUGGGAGUCCGGCCCGCUCUUCCUGAGCCAGUCACCAGGCUCCGGUCAGCUGAGCCAGCCUCCCAGCCCGCCGCCGCCCAGCCGGAGAAGGGCCAGUCACAGCGCUCCACACGCUCAUCGGCCCGCCGCAAGCGCGAGUCGGAGAGCAUAGUCGAGGAAUCCGCCAACCGCCGUCCCAAGCGCCUACGCACGACUGCAUCUGCUCCGAACCCAAAAACCGAGGCCAAGGAUGCGCGCUCGCUCCGCCGUGAGCGGCGGCAGACGGUGUCCAGGACGACCAGUGCUGAGCCUCGGUCGAUCGAGGAAACUCCAGAGGUGGGGGAGCCUAAAACCCAAGUCGGGGAGCCGAUCGAGGAGGAGCCCGCCGAGGAGCCUGCCGAGGGCGACCAGCCCAUCGCCGACGUUGCGGCCGUCGGCGAGCCGAUUGAGGUCGACGCCCCAGAGGAGCAGCUCGAGCCGGAGCUCGAACAGGAGGAGCAGAUCGAGGUCGACGAGACACCUUCCGACGUCGGCUUCUCUACUGUGGUCAAGGACCUCGCCGGACAGCUCGACCUUGAGGAGCCUGCGGACCGCAGCGAGGCCAUUCCCUCUGCGUUCCAGGAUGCGCCCUCUGUCCUCGAGGACGGCCCUUCUGCCUUCUUGGACGCGCUCGACCGUUCUGAAGCGAUCCCGUCGGCCUUCCAGGAUGCUCCCACCCCGACCCGCCCUGCUCUUGCACGUAUUCCAGGCCCCGCCUCUGCCAAUGAGGACGAGGAGGACGAGGAGGAGGUCGAGCGCCUGACUGCCCAGCACCGCCUCCUCGCGACGCUGGACGCGGCCGUGGGUGACGAUACGGCAUUGGUCAACCUCGACCUGACCGGCGCCCACGCGGUCCUUGGGUACGCGCGUCGGUUGCAUGACGCUGCGAUGGCAACUCUGGCUGCGUUUGCGCGUGAGGGUGAGGCCAGCCGUCUCCGCCGCACGCGCACUUUAUAG